GCAGCGCUGCGUCCUGCGCCCUUCGCACCAGCUUAGCUUAAGGCGCAUCCUUCACGGCACCCGGCCUCGUCUGCCUGUCUUUCUCGGGCUCUUGAUGCUGCCCAGCUGAGAGGAGAAAAUGGGCACGGGAGAUUUUAUCUGCAUUUCCAUGACUGGAGGGGCGCCCUGGGGGUUCAGACUGCAAGGAGGCAAGGAGCAGAAGCAGCCCUUGCAAGUCGCAAAGAUUCGAAGCCAGAGCAAGGCGUCAGACUCUGGGCUGUGUGAGGGGGAUGAAGUGGUGUCUAUCAAUGGCAACCCCUGUGAAGACCUCACUUACCCUGAAGUCAUCAAGCUCAUGGAAAACAUAACGGACUCUCUCCACUUGCUCAUUAAAAGACCGUCUAGCGGAGCAAGUGAGGCUUUGGACUCUGAAACAGAAAGCAUAAACCACGAGCACCUUACACAUGAGGGGCCCACGGAAAGUACCACCCUGCAGAUUCUUCCAGCCACAAAGACCCAGCACGAAGACUUCUUUCUUGUUCCAGUCCAGACUGGAGUUCCCCUACCUGAGGACCAAGGAAAUGAUUGGGCUUACGCAGAACGUACAACCGGAGAAAAAGUUCCCCAGAUGCUUGAUUCCCAGGAAGGACACUUGGUAGAAGAGGUCAUCUUAAAGGAGAAGGCAGGCGCAGUGCAGCCGGGCUGCGUGGUUGAGCUACAACUGUCCCUCACGAAGGACAGACAGCAGCGCACCAGUGGCCCAGCAGUGGCUCUCCAGGGAAAUGAAAAAUUCAAGUCUCCUGACCCAGACUGGGGCUCACGACCCGAGAGGGCUGUCCACAUCAACUCCAUCCCUGCUCCUGAGAAAGCAGACACUUCUCUGACGUCCAGCCCAGCAGUCCAGACCUCCAGCGGCCGAGAGUUGAGAGCGAGCCAGGGAAGAGACGCAGGAGGCGCGCGGCUGCCCCAGGUGGAAGUGAUUCUAGAUUGCUCUGACAGGCAGAAGGCGGAAGAGUGCAGGCUGCAGGCAGGAAGGGGGUGUGUGUCUUCUCCCGUGGAAGGAGGGCGGUCAGAAGCACCUCCUUCUCUGGUCUCCUUCGCGGUCUCAUCAGAAGGCACUGAGCAGGGAGAAGAUCAACGCUCGGGAAAGGAUCACAGCAGACCACACAAACACAGAGCUCGACAUGCCCGGCUCAGGAGGAGUGAAAGUCUGUCUGAGAAGCAAGUGAAAGAAGCGAAGUCUAAAUGCAAAAGCAUCGCUCUCCUUCUGACGGAUGCUCCCAACCCAAACUCCAAGGGGGUGUUGAUGUUUAAGAAGCGCAGGCGGAGGGCCCGGAAGUACACCCUAGUCAGUUACGGUACCGGAGAGCUUGAACGAGAGGAGGAGGAGGAGGACCAGGAAGAAGGUGACAGGGACGAAGUAGGUGAAGUUGCCUUUCUCGGGACGAGCGAGUCGGAAGUGGAGGAAGAGUUACCGUCCGACCUCGACGACAGCGACGACGCACAAGUGGUGAACUUCGACUGGGAUUCCGGACUGGUGGACAUCGAAAAGAGACUCGAGAACAGAGGGGACAGGAUGGAGAUGCUGCCGGACACCACGGGCAAGGGGGCGCUCAUGUUUGCCAAGAGGAGGGAGAGGAUGGAGCAGUUCGCGGCCCAAAACGAAGAGGAGAAGACGACGACGACGACGAUGACGAUGGCGGCGGGCGGGAUGGCAGGCGGAGGAGGCCCGGCCGCGCCCCAGAUGGACGGCCUGAGAGCCGUGACUUCUUCUUACCGGAGGCGAGAGGAGGAAUCGGCGAGGACGCAGAGCUCCGUGAGCGAGGGCGCCUUUCGGGUGGGCGUGCCGCAGCAGAACGGCCUCAGCGCGGCGCCCGAGGCCGCGGGGGCGCACAGGGUGGCCCCGACCAACCGGACCGCCAGGCCCUUCCUGGGAACCGCGAACCAGCCGGCCGCCCCCUUCUCCCCGGCGCGGGCCGCGACCAGCCCCGUCUCGGACUUGCCUGCGCCGCCGCCUUACUCUGCCGUCUCGCCCCCACCCGAGGCCUUCUCCAGGGGGGUCUCCAGCCCGAGCGCGGGCCCGGCGCCGCCCCCGCCGUGGCCGCAGCCCGCCCCGUGGUCACCGCCAGCCUUCUACGACUCGUCCGAGCAGAUAGCUUCCCGCGACGAGCGGAUCGCGGUGCCCGCGAAGAGAACGGGAAUCCUGCAGGAGGCCAAAAGGCGGGGCACCACCAAACCCAUGUUUACCUUCAAAGAAACCAAAGUGAACCCCAACCCGGAACUCCUGUCGCUUCUUCAAAACGCGGAAGGCAAGCGAGGCACUGGAGCCGGAGGAGAUUCUGGACCGGAAGAAGACUACCUCAGUUUGGGUGCAGAGGCCUGUAACUUCAUGCAAAACUCUGCCAAGCAGAAGACCCCACCUCCCGUGGCUCCGAAGCCUGCGGUCAAGUCCUCCGCCUCGUCCCAGCCAGGAACCCCAGUUUCUCCAGUCUGGUCCCCGGGAGUGGCUCCAGCCCAGCGCCCUGCCUUUCCCACAUCAAACCCGCCGAACCCACCGCAGGUGACUGCUGUGUCCUCCAUCAAAAUAGCCCAGCCUUCCUGCCCUUCUGCCCGGCCCGCGAGCGCCCUGAACCUGGCUGGUCCCUUCAAAGGGCCCCAAGCAGUAGUAGUCAGCCACACCUACACACCCAAGCCGUCAGCACCCACACCGCUAGUAAACGCUGCUCAUGCUGGUGCAGGGGGACCAUCCAAUGAGCUUCCUGGAAUGAGCGGGAAAGGAGCCCAGCUCUUUGCUAAAAGGCAGUCCAGGAUGGAGAAGUACGUGGUGGAUUCCGACACUGUGCAAGCCCACACAGCGCGCGCCCAGUCUCCCACUCCAUCCCUGCCCGCCAGUUGGAAGUACUCCUCCAACGUCCGAGCACCCCCUCCUGUGGCCUACAAUCCUAUCCAUUCCCCCUCCUACCCACUGGCUGCUCUCAAGAAUCAGCCGCAGGCCGCCCAAGCCUCCAAAACGAGCAAGAAGAAGGGCAAGAAACCGCUUAACACUUUGGAUGUCAUGAAGCAUCAACCGUAUCAGCUCAACGCGUCUUUGUUUACCUUUCAACCCCCUGAUUCAAAGGAUGGUCUCCCUCAAAAGUCAACGGUCAAGGUCAGUUCGGCCCCGGCCGUGAAGCAAGCCCUUCCUCCCCGGCAGGCGGUGGUCGGCUCGCCCACAAAUGCACAGGCUUCCUCGGUGUACUCCGUCCCGGCCUACACCUCUCAGCCCUUCUUCGCGGAGGCCACCUCGCCAGUCAGCGCAUCCCCCGUGCCUGUGAGUGUCCCCAACUCUCCAAAACAAGAAUCGACCUCCUCCGCGUCCUAUUUUGUGGCUCCAAGACCGAAGUUCUCAGCCAAGAAAAGCGGGGUCACAGUUCAGGAAAGCAGGCACUCCCUCUCUCUCCCUGGGAGACCAGCCCCACCCAUCAUUUCUGCAUCUCCGUGGCUGUGCCAGCCUGCUUGCAGUUACCCCGGCCAACCGACCCUCGGGCUGGAGAAAGCUCACAAGAGACCAACACCUUGGGAAGCAGCAACCAAGUCCCCUUUCGGUCUAGUGGAUGAAGCCUUCAGACCCAGGAGCAUCCAGGAAUCUAUUGUGGCGAAUGUAGUCUCUGCAGCUCGGAGGAAGGUGUUUCCAGGGUCCCAAGAGGACUGGAAAGAGAGGCUGUCCUUUGUCCCUCAAACUCAGAAGACAAACAUUAGCUAUUCUGAAAGGCAAGAGUACAAUGCUCCAUCCCCAGUCAACAGCCACGUGUCUACCCACUCCUUAUAUAGUUCCCAGUUGCCAUAUGUAUGUUAUAGGCAGGAGGCCAUGGAGACCAGGUCUGAAUACUGUCUUCCACUGGGUGAUUCCAACUAUAACCCACACCCAAGGGGGUGGAGACACCAGCCAUGAAAGCUAGGGUGACAGUUGUGUGGAUUUUGUUGUUCUUUACUUUUAAAAAUAGACCCAAAUCCACUUUUAGUCUUGUGUGGCUCUCACAGGUCAUUCAUCUGAGUGUGCAGGUGUGUAAACACACAAGUGUGGAGCACUUCCUUGUUUGCUGAUGUUUAAGGAACUGCUUAGAAGAUAGGAGCCACCAUAAACAGGGUGUGGAGGCACACCCACCCAUAAUCUCAGCACUUGUGAGACAAGGCAGAACACCAGGUACUCUUCAGGCAUAGUGUUGAGGCCCAGCCUGGGAUACAUGAAACCCUGCCUCAAAAAAAAAAAUUAUAUUUUUCUUGCACUGAUAUUCUGGCACUUCCAUAGAUUCAAAGUCUCAGUUCCAUUUGUAAGGAGCUCCAUGCAAGUUCCAUUCAAGUUCACUCAACUGCAGUGCACCCAAACAUUUAUCUUCUCCAUGCCCUGUUAGAACAUGCUGUAUAAGUUACCAGGAAUUCUAGUAGCGAGGAAUAUAAAAUUCUCUUGUAUUGAUUUUUAAGUCAGCAUACGAAGGAAGGGUUUUCACUUUGCCACGUCUACAUGCAUGUGCCAUUAUACUUUGCUCUAAUCCACCUGUCACCCCGUUGCCCUUCCCCAUGGAACCAGCCUUUCCUGUCACUGAUUCCCGUUCUUUCUGUUCAAAUAAAUUGCUAAGGCAAGCCUGACAAGAGGUAAUAAUUA